AUGGCCGGUCUAGGCAAUUCCGGAAUCGGGUCUGCCGGCUCCGAAUUCGACGCCGAUGCUCAUUACUUCCCCGGAGUCCCGUUCUCAGCAGAUUUCACGCCUCGCGACCUUUGUCCCUCUGCUGACGAUGCAGAGUCCAAUUUCCAUGCAAAAGACUUUCUCCAAGAUGCACCUGCAUCAUGGGAGCCACCAGUUUAUGCAUGUGAAUUCAGCAAGUUUCAUGGAUUGGAGCAUUUUGCUGCAUUUGUUAAUGAAGAAGGCUUGACUGUCAUUCAAGAUACCAGAAGUUCAGAAGCUGCAAAGCCAAAAAUUGGAUUUCUCCAAGGAUGUGCCCAUCAUGGAAAUGCAGUCUUUGAUCUGAGUUGGGCAGAUGAUGCACCAAUAUUGGCCACAGCUUCUGCUGACCGCACAUGUUUGGUUUUGCAAGUGACCCCCACAGGCUUGAGUCCAAUUUCCUUCAGUAGUGGGCACACAAGAGCUGUCAAAACUGUGUCUUUCAAGCCUAAAGACCCUUAUAUAUUUGCCAGUGGUGGGAGAGAUUCAUGUAUACAAGUUUGGGAUGUGAGGAGUGGCAUCUCAGAAAAUUGUAUUCGAUUAUCCCUGGCUGCACCAGGAGCUGAUGUUCACUAUGAAUCUCCAAGGAGUCGUUCUAGAAACGCAAAGGCCUUCAAAUACCUCACUGUUGAAUCUCUUGUCUUCCAAGAUCAGUUUCAGUUAAGCUCAAGUGUUGACAUAGAGAGCUGUAUCAAAGUCUGGGAUCUUCGGAAGAGCUACUCAGUGUACAGAGGUAUACCAGACCCUUUGUACAUUCUCCCAUAUAGUGGACCAAGUCAAGCUAGACACAGCUUCACUCAUCUCAUCACCGAUGGCAGUGGGAUACGCAUCUUUGCAUCCUGCACAGACAAUUCUGUGUAUCAGUUUAGCUUAUCUUCUAAUAGUACAAAGCCUGUGGCACGCUAUUCAGGACACAAGACAUCAUUUAGCACUCGCAUGUCUCUGAGCCCUGAUGGCCGUUAUCUUCUGAGUGGUUCCAAGGACGGUGUGGCAUAUGUUUGGAAUGUACACAGUUGUGAACCUCUUCUCAUGCUUCCAGGCCAUAGCAGCGAAGUCACUGCUGUGGCUUGGAGUGCAUUUGAUCUCACCAAGCUGAUCACAUGCUCAGAUGACUUCACUCAUCGCAUCUGGAGGGUGCAAGGUUCUGUGGAUUCUUCAGCAGUGCUUUCAGAAGGGUCAAAUGCAAAAGUUCUAGAUAAAGCAGAGGUGAAGAAAGACAUCAAGGCAUCUGGAUCUUCCUUCCAUACAUAUUUGGUUCAAAAUAAGUCUCAGUAUGAUUUGUUAAGUGAAAUGAAGAAAGGAGAGCUGAAGUCAAUGAAUCAAGAGACAGUUUGUGCAGUGGUGAAUACAAAAGGAGAUGGGAUGGUGAAGAGUGUUAACACAGACUCAGGGACUUCAAUCAGUUCCAAGGAUUCAGUUCCUGAGAAGGAUAAAGUAAAAGAUGGGGAUACCAAGAGGGAUAUGCAUCCUCUUGCUCAAAAUGGUGAGAUUGGCAAUGCUUGUGGCUCCAUAGUAGAAACAAAUAAAGAAACAGCCCCUUCCAUUUCAAAAGAACUGGACAUGAAUGCAGUCAAAUCCAGUUAUUUUGAUUCUUCUGAACAUUUGGAUGAAUCUGAUGGGUCUGAAGAAGAACAAUUGAAAGAUGAAGUCAGUGACAUGAACAAUGUGUCAGAAUCUGCUGGUGAUGAGGCUAGGAAACUGGACCCUGAAGAUGCAGAAGCAUCCAGUGAUGGUAGCUCAUCGAGUAUGGGGGGUAGGGACCCUGGAGAUGCAGAAGCAUCCAAAGAUGGUAGCACAUUAAGGAAGGCACAUGGAGACACUGCCUCUGAUGAUGAUGAAGUACAGUUUGUGGGUGAGGAGAGACAUGUGAGAGACAGCGAUGAUGCUUUUGGUGAUUCUGAUGAAGAUUGUGGUGAUCUCAGUGAUGAAAAUGACUUUGAGGGAGUGGAUGAUGUGAUUGAUGUUGAGUCCAGUGAUGCUGAUGAAGGUUCUCCAGAAGGAACUACAUGGAUGAAGCAAGUGCAGACAAGUCACCAAACCUCCACCAAAGUUUCCAAUGUCCAGUCAGUACAGGCAUCCAUUUCUGCUCUUGCACAGAGAGGAGUUUCUUUGUUGCAGAUUCCAUCAUCAAGGAAUUUAGAACCAAUGCAUGAGAUGAGAAAGAGAAAGCUGGAUGAUCAGGAUGAUAGUCACCCCUUCUGCACUGUUAUGAAAGGACCUCAUGGUCUGCUUACUAUUAAAAGAUUGAAAAGAAGUCGAAAAGGGGAAACUCUUGAAAAUGAAGAUGCUUAUAUGCAGUCUUCUAGUAAUGAAGAUGAUGAUGUGGUGGAAAUAACUCAUGAUUCUGAGUCAGAAUGUGAAUCAGACUCUUCUCAUGAAGUAAUUACUUUGGAUGACAGCACUUCCUCUCAAGUUCCAGUCAAUCAGUUCCCACAGGUUGAUGAGAUUGAGGGAAAUGUUUGUGAGCCCAGUAAUGACAGAAAUGAAGUUAAUUCUGAAUUGGCUAAUGUGGCAGAGGAAAAUAGCCAAAAUGAGGAAGAGAAGACAACAGACAAAGGCACCAUGAGCCAGAAUGAGGAGCAAGAGAAGACAACAGACAAAGGCACCAUGAGCCAGAAUGAGGAGCAAGAGAAGACAACAGACAAAGGCACCAUGAGCCAGAAUGAGGAGGGAGAGAAAACAGACAAAGAUGAUAUUCAAGAGCAAGUUGAGGAUGCAGAGGAGUCAAAAGAUUCUAAAGAUGACCAUGUUGUGGAAGACAUAGUGGUUAUAGAGUGA